AUGGCUGAUAACCUACCCACUUCGAACGAGGCUGAAGCAUCCGUUCCUUCACAAACUACAAAUUCUGGCUCCCAGACUUCAUUCUUAGACGUAGUGACUGGUUUGGAUACCACUGCUUUGUCCUCUAUUUUGACAACUCAGGCAAGAGAGAAUAGGACAAGCCAAGCUACUCGACCUUCCUUUGGCGCAGGUUUGGAAAAUCUUCUCGACUCGCAGGCCAGCUUUAUACGCGCAGCAGGGGCCUUGGAGACUACUUUCGCUCGCGUCCGCACACUGCGAGCCGCUCUUGAAUCAGUCAGGACUCGUAUGGCGCCUCCGGAUCACUCGACGACAUCGGCCGUAAGCUCCACUUCCAGAUCCCAAAUGGGACCCGACCACUAUGCCAUUGUUCUUUCUGCUCCAGAACUGGAACGCUUGCAGAACGACCCCACUUCCAUCGCUACGCUGCAUGACCUCAGUCCGCCACUCCGGUCUCGAAGCAAUGCUGAACGUUUAGGGACCCCAGACCCGAGCCUCGACCCAGAUGGAGGAAUCACGAGAGCGCUAGAAGAGGUCAAUGAGCUGCAACGUAGAGUGGAAUCUGGAGAGCCUUUCAACCUUGACCCAUUCCCCGUACACCCUCGCCCUUCCCGGCUCUCCACAUUUCGAUUCGGUCCGCGACCUGAACCUUCACAGACGCAAUCGCAAUCGCAGUCUCGGCCUGCUGCAAUUGUUUUAGAAUCUUACGUUCGCUCGAGCCGGGAGCGAGACUUGGCCGAUUCUUUUACCACUACCGGCAGGCGUGUUGCAGCGCGAGAAGCCGGCCCAUCGACCGUUACUAGGAUGGCCGAACGCACUAGCCCUGACCUUGCACAAAGGAUAAUGGAAAUCGCUACCAAUCUACAACGCGAUAUCAGGCUGAUCGCUGAACACAAUGAACACAUGAAUGCGCUAGUCAGUCGUGCCCGUUCCACCAGUGUCCCACCUGGUGCCCAGGCAAAUAGGACGGGACCUCUCGAGAGCACAGGACACGAGAAUGUUGGACGGGUGCCGGUUAGUGUCCACAGUAACACAGUGGAAUCAGGUUGGAGAAGCGUGUCCCCUCAACUUCCGCGGAUGCGCAUGUCGACUGGUGGUCGCCGACCUUCUCGUCUCACAACUUCUUCGCGACCAGCUACCUCUGGAGUUCAGUCAACCACGGUUGACGCUACGGGUAGAGAUUCUUGGACAAUGUCACAGCUGUAUCAGUCGGCCGACACACUCCCAGUAGACAAUACUUCUCGCACGUCCGACACGAGCUAUCGGGUCCGCCGUUUCUAUAAUGCUGAUGGGGAAGAACAGGUACACAACAUCACAUUGGAUGAUUCAGAGGAUGAUGAUCCAUAUAGCUGGUUGCUACCUAGUCAACGGGAUGAUAUCCGAGGAGAAUUCCGGCGUGCGACGAGAGUUCGCCGCGAGCAAACGCGUGGUCCCUUCGGGGGACCUGUGUUCAAUAGUGUCGAACCUGCAUUAGGCACAACAUAUGCUGAGCGUCGAAGAAAUGAGAGGUCAGAGAGAGUACAUCAAAAUGUUUCGCAAUCUAUGAGCGGAAGCUUGCCAACGAGCAGACAUCGUAGACGCGGAUGGGCUCGCAUUGAUACGGAUGGAAAUGAGGUACCAACCGACGAAGAAGAGGAAUACGAACGGAACCGUUCUCAGAUGCGGGUGCGAGCUCUUCAGUUACUGAGCGGACAAGUCCCACAGCGCACAGACCGACCUCCGCCACAAGUUCCUGAACCACCUUCGUCGCGGCGACGGCCAUCCUUCGUCCCAACGACUCAGACGCUGCUGUGGCCGACGCCGAUCGACUCUCAUGUGCGGGUAAGAAUGCCCCUCACAGACGCAGCCUCUGUUGUGGACAUCCAAAGACAGUUUACCCCGCGCGAUGAGACGGAGUACGAAUUUGCGAACGCUGAACCCCUGUCCACCUCUCAACACAUUGGGUCGGCCGUCGUAUUUACUCCCAGCCCGCUUCCAAUUCCUUGUGUCGAUCUAUCUAUGACUUAUUCCCAGCGACGUGAUGUUGCAACUUCCGUCGGACCAAUCGAAGUGCAGUCCCCUGCAUUUGGGGCGGGUCGUUAA